CCUGCGCUGCAGUCGCCAUCAUCGGCGCUCGUCAUCUGCAGAAACAAGCACUGGCGCUACAUCUCUUCCUUUCAUGGACCAUGGCUACAGCUUCCCCUAGAAGUCCUCGAGACGCUCGCAAAUGCGAACUACUACAUGCCUCUGCCCCGCCCUGUUGACCCCGCCGUCUUUUACGACUUGGUCAAGAUUCGCCAACUCGUCGAUGGCGCUACCGAUCUUGCAGUUCGAGCUGCGAAUGGAAUUACGUCCUCGACCAUGCCGAAUUCGCUUGCGGGAGGGGCUGGGUCGCACAUGCAAGCGCUGGGCCUCGGUUUUGGGAAUGGUGGGGGUAUGAAGCUCAGUCCGGAGAGGAGAUUUAGGCUACGGGAACAAGCUACACAAAAGCUGUCGCGUGCUUAUCAUAUUGAUGAGAUCGCGUCGAGCGUCGCAACCAUGCAGUCGACUUCAACUUUGGAGAACGUAGCUGGCUUGGUGUUGCAGCGGGCGCCCAACGAUCCAGAUGCCAACUACGUCCAUUUCUUCCACGAGAAGAUCCCCAGCAGGCAACUUUCUGAGUGCACCGAGCUGGAUGCGCUGAACUUCAUCAUUAGUCAGAGGCCGUCUGACUGUGAACCACUGAGGACCAGAGCCAUUGUCCGCAUAUUCAAAGAGGACUUCGAAGGUGCCGCUCAGGAUUUGACUCACGCGCUGGCUGUGCUUCGUCUCCACCGACCACCGCAUAAUUCUUCGCCUGAAAACAUGCAGCUGGAAAAGAGAAAUGGCCGCCGUCGCGAAACGCCAUCCCUUGACGAGCGAGACCAGCCGAGUAGCACCGAGGUCCAACUUCUGUUUCAACGUGCCGGUUGUUACUUGACAUUAGCCUGUGACCAUGUGGACGGAGCACUCCCUGGUGUCUCGAACCACCGAAACGGAGGCCCCUGUGAUGUGAGCGACGGUGUGAAGAAAAUGGACCUCAACGCUUCUAAUGGCUACGAGAGUUCGCCAACGCCCCAAACUCCAGCUGUGGAGAAAGGGCCGAACAAGAAACAGCUCGAGUAUCGCAAGACGGUCCGGCUAUAUGCAAAACGUGCUCUUCGGGACUACAUGGAGUACCUCAGGGCUCUGCACUACUCGCCAAACCAGCCCAUUUGGAUCUCUGACGAUUUCACCAGGCAAGUAAACCAAGCUGCGAAUCGCAGCAGGAAGUACUAUAACCCAGGUCGUCAGGAUCCGGGAAGCCCCGAUAGUGAUUCACAAAGCCAUAAAAUCUACUCGCUUACGGAACUUUUUUCAGCCAUGCCUCCUUCCAACCUGCCUGCUUACCCUUCCAACGAGCUCGUCUCGGCUUCAGCUCAGCAGCCAAUGGAGACAACAGCCGAGGUAGUGACAUAUCAUCCGCUUCUCACCGAUGCUCUUCAUUCGCUGUUGCUCUGCCACGCACUGAUUCAGACGUCUGCUAAGGAGCUUCAAAGGCACGCUCACAUGGUCGCUCGGCUUGCUCGACUGGCGGACGGUUAUCCAGUGUUCCAGGCAAGCAGGUCGCCGGCUCGCGCCGACUGGAUUGAAGUCCUCCGUCGUGCUGAGAAUUGGAUUGAGCUGUCCUCAACAUGGGAAUCUCUAUGCGCCCCUGCGCCCCUUCCAACUCCAGUCUCAGCCAACGGAAGUGGCAGUCUAUCUGCUGCUGCCGCCAGCGCCAAUGCGCUCGCCAUCACUGGUGGCACAAUCCCCGUCGAAUCCGAUGAGCAGCGCAAGGAACGGCUACGGCAUCAGGCCAUCAUCGAGGCCCUCGAGGACGAGCGUGUCAAUGAUGAAGCAAGUUUCAAGGCUGCGAUUUUGGCGAGACAGCGUCGGGCUGAGGCCGAGCAUGCGGAUUUUACCAACACGAACGGGAAAGCGAACGGAAACGGGAAUUGGGUUGGCCCAAAUGGGAAUAUUGCAGACUCGUCAGUCGCCCCGAAGCGUUGGGCUGUUGAUGAUGGCCGCGAAUAUCCCAUCCUCACGGAGCGCGCUGAGGCUGUUGCCCGCUGGGUGCGUGAGGCACCCGCCGUUUCUGGCGUGGGAACUGGCAAACGCAAGAAGAAGCCGGGU